AGUGCGCGCCCUCCCUCGCUUUUGGCGUUGGCGAUUGGUUCUUUCCGCCUCUUGCUGUGAAGGUGAAAGUCUCCUCUAGGCAGAGACUGAGACACCAGUCCCGGCAAAGUCUUGCAAUGGCUCCUGUCGUAGGGUCCGUGUUUGCCUCAGUCCCACAGGCCGCGCCAGUAGCCGUCUUCCAGCUCACGGCGGAUUUCCGCGCCGACGUCGACCCUCGCAAGGUCAACCUGGGAGUGGGAGCUUAUCGCACAGAUGAAGGGCAACCUUGGGUCUUGCCAGUGGUCCGGAAAGUGGAGCAGAUGAUUGCCAAGGACACCAGUUUAAAUCAUGAGUAUCUUCCAAUCCUGGGCUUGCCAGAGUUCCGUGCCAGUUCCUCAAGAAUUGCCUUAGGAGAGGACAGUCCAGCCAUCCAGGAGAACAGGGUCGGAGGUGUCCAGUCUUUAGGAGGCACAGGGGCCCUGCGUAUUGGAGCAGAAUUCUUGAUACGCUGGUAUAAUGGAACCAACAACACAGCAACCCCUGUCUAUAUUUCUUCCCCUUCCUGGGAGAACCAUAAUUCUGUCUUCACACAUGCUGGCUUCAAAGACAUCCGAACCUAUCGUUAUUGGGAUGGUGCCAAGAGGGGGCUGGACAUGCAGGGAUUCCUGGAAGACUUGGAAAAAGCCCCAGAGUUCUCCAUCUUCAUCCUGCAUGCCUGUGCACAUAAUCCCACAGGCACAGACCCCACCCAGGAGCAGUGGAAACAAAUUGCUGCUGUUAUGAAGCGCCGGUUCCUGUUCCCAUUCUUUGACUCUGCCUAUCAAGGUUUUGCCUCCGGUUGUCUGAAUAGGGAUGCCUGGGCUGUGCGUUUCUUUGUUUCCGAGGGCUUCGAACUCUUCUGUGCACAAUCCUUCUCCAAAAACUUUGGGCUUUACAAUGAACGGGUGGGAAACCUGACAGUUGUGGCAAAGGAUGCAGAUAAUGUGCAGCGUACCCUGUCCCAGAUGGAGAAGAUAGUCCGCACUACAUGGUCUAACCCGCCAUCACAGGGUGCUCGUAUUGUGGCUACUACACUCACUUCACCAGAGCUGUUUGCUGAAUGGAAAGGAAAUGUGAAGACAAUGGCAGAUCGGGUUUUGCUGAUGCGAGCAGAACUGAGGUCUCGGCUUGAGGCCCUGGGCACUCCAGGCACUUGGAACCACAUCACAGAGCAGAUUGGCAUGUUCAGCUUCACUGGGCUCAACUCUAAGCAAGUCCUGUACCUCAUCAAGGAGAAGCACAUCUACCUAAUGGCCAGUGGCCGCAUCAACAUGUGUGGCUUGACCACCAAGAACUUGGACUACGUUGCUCGUUCCAUCCAUGAAGCAAUCACCAAGAUCCAGUAAGGCUGCAGCCAAAUAUUAUGUGCGUGUGUGUGUAACUUUCUGCUCUGUUUUGCAGUAAAAAAGAAAUACCCAGGAGCAGUCAGUGGAAAAUGUGGGUAUUACAGUGGAAGGAGGAGCAAGGGCUGAGUGAAAAAUAGCUACUGCCCUCCUCUGUUUAGACCUGCAACCUCCUGAGGCUGCCCUUGGGUUAAAAAACCAACCAACCAGAACAGCUGAAUGAAACUACACACAACUGCACGUAACAUUUAGUCCCCCCCCCCCCAAAAGCAACCAAAUCCUUCACCUUUGUAUAUUUGCUCCCUGAGCUCAUCUUUUUCAUUGUUGGAACUCAGCAAAAACUGUAAUACCAUCAGGAAUAGGUCUCUUGGCCUUUAUUUGUGUAGGAGACAGACUAUGUGAAAUGCAUGUAAACUGUACAUCUGCAUACAUUGUAUUAAUGGCUAUUAUUAAGUCUGGAUGUCCAGCACAUGGCUUCUUCCACCUACCUUGUCCAGACUUCUUCCACCUAUCUUGUCCGUAUUAUGCCCCUUUGCACUUUAUGUAACCAGUCCUACUGCAGUAAAACAGCAGGGUUUGGGGGAAAAGAUACCAAAAUGGGUGUUCUGUGUUACUGGCAGCAUUGAUUGUUUCAGGGAGCAAGGCUGGAGCUGGUUUCCAUUUUCCAGUCUUCCAUGAGCAAAGAUUGUAACCAUAACUGUACCUUUUCUGUUAGUACAAUAAACAGUUAAACAGUC